AUGAGUCAAACAUUUCCAUUUCUCGAGAAAAUUCAAGAUCGUUUGGGAUACAUUGUCAUUGAUGAGACUGGAGCGAUCAUAAAGUCUGAUGGUGAAUUGUCGAAUUCUGAGCACACAGCAAGAGUCGUCAAAGAGUUACUGUACCUCGAGAGGCCAAAAUCCGCCAUUAAACCCAAGCACAAAAUGGUCGAAAUGACGAUAGACUACUCGACGCAUUUCUAUACGAUUGUCCGCAGCGGGAAGUACGCCUUUUGCGUGAAGCGAAAGAGGAAUCGAGCGAUUACACCCCAAACCACCGUGAAUCCGUUGCAACUCACAUCCGACAUCCAAGAAACAAAACCACCCAGUCGAUCACCGUCCAAAUCGCCGAAU